UUUCAUCUUUCUUUCCCCAUCCAUUUUCCCUUUUAUCUUUCUUGUUCUUCUUCUCUUCUUCUUCCAUGGCUGAGAUGCCUGGAAGCUCCACUUGUUUGGACCUCACCAUCUCCAUCCCUGGAUCUUCUUCCUCUUCUUCAGGAGGAGAAUGUGGGAUGAGAGAUUUGGAUAUAAAUCAAGUGCCCUCGGGCGAGAAUAUUGAAGGGGAGUCGAUGAUGGAAGAAGAAGAUGAUCAGAGCUCCAUUAAUGGCGGCGCCCACCCGAGGAAGAAGCUCCGCCUUACUAAAGAACAGUCUCUUCUUCUUGAAGAAAGUUUCAGGCAAAACCACACUUUGAACCCAAAGCAAAAGGAAGUUUUGGCUAUGCAAUUAAGGCUCAAGCCAAGGCAAGUGGAAGUCUGGUUUCAAAACCGUAGAGCCAGGAGCAAGCUAAAGCAAACAGAAAUGGAAUGUGAGUACUUGAAGAGAUGGUUUGGAUCAUUAACGGAGCAAAACCGGCGGCUCCAAAGGGAGGUGGAGGAGCUCCGGGCGAAGAAAGUGGGCCCACCCACCGUGCUGACGCCGCACAGCCGCGAGCCGCUCCCAGCCUCCACCCUCACAAUGUGUCCACGCUGCGAGCGAGUAACCACUACCACCAUCACCAGCACCACUGUGAGGGCGGUUGACAAAGGUGGGCCCACCACUAGUAGCCAAGCUGGCAACCCGAACUUGUCGGCCAAAACGCUGCAGUUGUUGCAUCCUCGGCAUCCCUCGGCUGCGUGUUAGUGGGCGAUAUGAUGUUUGUGUACAAGAAUGAAAUUAAUUAUGGUUCUUCUUCUUUGUGGGUGAAGAGUGGUUGUGGUAGGUGUUCAUUAUCUUCAUGGACAUACAACAUUGUAAUUGGGUCACAAAACUAACAUGCCCCUCCCCUAAUUAGUUCGCUAGCUAAUUAUCUUUAAUUCACAAGAAAUUAUCUGUUUAUUGUUUCACCA